UCCUCUCUUUCCCUCUCUCUCUCCCCCCUCGCCCACCCCGCUCCACACUCUCUCUCCUCGCCGCGCCCGAAUCUAUCUCCGGCGAGUCCUCCGCCGCCGCCGGAGACGAAUCCUCCGUCACCGGUGACCAAUCCUCGUUCGGAGACCCCUCUGACCCAUGAAAGGAGAUAGCAUAUAGAGGAUUCUGAGAUUUGCAUAGCAAUGACCAAUACAAAAGCUGAAAUGAACAGUGCUUUUAGUGAUCAAGUAUUAGCUGAGAAGCUUUCGAAGCUCAACAGUUCACAACAGAGCAUUGAAUCAUUGUCACACUGGUGCAUUUCUCAUCGGAAGAAAGCCAAACCAGUUGUUGAGACAUGGGAGAAACAGUUCAAUAGCUCUUCAAAAGAACAAAAAGUAUCUUUCCUCUAUCUAGCAAACGACAUCUUGCAGAACAGUAAACGCAAGGGAAGCGAGUUUGUAAAUGAGUUUUGGAAGGUCCUCCCUGGCUCAUUGAAACAUGUGUACGAGAAUGGGGAAGAAAAUGGAAAGAAAGUUGUUAUGAGAUUAAUAGAGAUUUGGGAGGAAAGAAGAGUCUUUGGAUCUCGUGGGCAAGGCCUUAAAGAUGCUGUUCUUGGUGAUGCCCCUCCUGCAUUAGACAACAAUGGGAAGAGCUCAAAUCCCAUAAAAAUAGUUCGGAAAGAUGCCAAUACAAUAAGAAUAAAACUGGCUGUUGGGGGGAUGCCUGAAAAGAUAGUGACGGCGUACCAAUCUGUACUGGAUGAGCAUUUCAACGAAGAUACUGCCUUAAACAAAUGCAAGGAUUCUAUUCAACUUCUAGGGAAGAUGGAGAAAGAUGUUAAUGAUGCUUGUUUUCAGGGCAAUCAGCAAGGAUCACCAUUAAUUGCUGACGUCCAAGAUCAGGAAACCAUUCUGAAGCAGUGCAUUCAGCAACUUGAGACUGUUGAAGCCACUAGAGCAGCGCUAGUUGAUCAGCUAAAAGAAGCUCUUAAAGAACAGGAAUCAAAACUGGAACUUGUUCGAACUCAGUUACAAGCAGCUCGAGCAGAGACUGACCAUACUAGCAAAAUGAGGCAAAGACUUGACCCAAGCCAGCCCUCUAAUGGUCUUAACCCUAGCCCAGGUAUUCUUUCCCGCCCAUCAGAAACUGCACUUAUACGAGAACAGAACCUACCGUUCUUAACACCUGUCGCCCCUCAACCGCAACCACCGCCUCAACCCAUAACUUCUUUCGCAAGCACGUUAACUAGCGCAGAGGAAGAACACAAGAAAGCCGCAGCCGCCGUUGCUGCUAGGCUCGCGGCCUCAUCCUCAUCAGCACAAGUGCUCUCGUCCAUCCUUUCCUCUCUGGCUGCCGAAGAAGCCGCCUCCAUGAACAGCUUCUCCGCAAGCCCGCCGCUCUUCCAGGCCGAAAAAAAGCCACGGCUUGAGAAACCUAUUUCAGUCUCCGAUAUGAGCACCGGCCCCUACUUUGGGCCACAGCCACCGGCUCAGACUAACCAAGCAUCGUCGUCGGCUUUUCCUCCGCUGCCGCCACCUCCGCUGCCGCCACUGCCGCCACUAUCGAUGCAGCAAUUCGCGAAGACCGGAGGAUUAAUGGCUGGCUUACUACCUCAGGGCUUUUUGGGUAAUUCCUUACCCCCUCCACCUCCGUUGCCUUCACAUGUAGGAUUAGCAAGGCCGAGCGGCCCCCCACCACCGCCACCGCUCCCACCACCACCUCAGCAACAGCAGCAGCUGCAAUCAGCCUCUACUGGGUUUUACCCUCCACCAGGGUUAGGGUUUUACGGGCAAGUUCAGCCGACUCCUCCAGCCCAACGACAGUGAUAGUAUUUUACUUGUACUGUGGGGUUUUGAGAUGGCCCUUUUGACUUGAUGUGUAUAUUUCUUCUUUUAAAAACAUGCAAUGAAUUAGAUGCAGAUCCGAGCAAAGCAGGAUCAACACUGAUGAAUUGUAGCGUGAAUUGGCCGAGGAUUGUAGCAUAGGCUUAAUCAUGUAUGACUCAGUUGUUUUUGUACUGAUGAGGUCAUUUGUACUGUGAAAUAGAUUUACCGCAUUGGUUGUAAACUCACCCAAUUUAAAAUGAGGAUUUUUGUUUA